AUGGUGGGGCAGACGAGGAGUAAGCUCAGGGAUGCGAGCCCGGACGGGCCCCAGUCCUCCCGCACGGGGCAAGCGAGGAGGAGGCGGAGCGCAGGGACAGUGGAGCCCCAGCAGGAGCGCAGCGCGCCUCAGGAGAGGACGAAGUGGUCCUUGCUGCAGCAUUUCCUCCUAGGGGGCAGGAAACUGCCCUCGGGCGCCCGCAACUACGCGGCGCGGAGGAUCCGAAAUCUGAACGCACAGAAUUACUUUCCGCUGGAAGAGGUCACCAAGAUCCUUCUUCACGACCGCUUCCAAUUCCUCCACACCCUCCUGGAUCACUUUCGCGAAAAGGUGCAGGCACUGCAGAUCCAUCGCUUCUCCCACAGGACCCUCUUUGGCGUAGCUGCCUUUGUGGGGAUUUUGCACUGGUUACACUUAAUAACACUUUUUGAAAACGACCGUCAUUUUUCUCACCUCUCAUCCUUGGAACGGGAGAUGACUUUUCGCACGGAAAUGGGACUUUAUUAUUCCUACUUCAAGACCAUCAUCGAAGCACCUUCGUUUCUAGAAGGAUUGUGGAUGAUCAUGAAUGACAGGCUAACUGAGUAUCCCCUGGUAAUCAACACAGUGAAACGUUUCCAUCUCUACCCAGAGGUGGUCAUAGCCUUUUGGUUCCGCACAGUCAUAGGGAUAUUGAAUUUAUUUGGGAUAGAAAGUAAGACCUGCUGGAACGUCACCAGAAUGGAGCCUCUUAAUGAAGUUCAGAGCUGUGAAGGAUUGGGAGACCCAGCUUGCUUUUACAUUGGAGUAAUUUUUAUUUUAAAUGGGCUAAUGAUGGGCUUGUUCUUCAUGUACGGUACAUACCUGAGCGGGAGUCAGUUAGGAGGUCUGAUUACAGUAGCCUGUUACUUUUUCAACCAUGGAGAGGCCACCCGCGUGAUGUGGACACCGCCUCUCCGGGAAAGUUUCUCCUAUCCAUUCCUUGUACUUCAGAUGUAUGUUUUGACAACUAUCCUCAGGGCCUCCACCAUCCACAAAAAACACUACAUGGCGCUCUGUUUCUCCAAUGUCGCUUUCCUGCUUCCUUGGCAGUUCGCUCAGUUUAUACUUUUUACACAGAUAGCUUCGUUAUUUCCCAUGUAUGUUGUGGGGUAUAUUGAGCCAAGCAAAUUUCAGAAGAUCAUUUAUAUCAACAUGGGUUCGGUAGCCCUGUGCUUCAUUUUGAUGUUUGGGAACCCAAUGUACUUAAGUUCUUAUUAUUCCUCGUGUUUGAUAGUGACAUGGGCAAUACUGCAAAGGAAAAACAAAAUCCAAAAAUUGGUAGCUUCUGAACUCCAGUUUUGGCUAGCCCAAGGCUGUGCUUGGUGGUGUGGAACAAUUAUUUUGAAAUUUGCGACAUCUAAAAUCUGUGGUGUUUCAGACCAUAUUCGCCUGAGUGACCUUAUAGCAGCCAGAAUCCUAAGGUACACAGAUUUUGAUACCUUAAUAUACACCUGUGCUCCUGAGUUUGACUUCAUGGAACGAGCGACUCCACUGAGAUAUACAAAAACAUUAUUGCUUCCACUUGUCCUAGUGAUUACUUAUCUUAUCUUUAAAAUGAUUGUUCGUGAUAUCUUAUGUGUCUUGUAUACAAACACUUAUCAGAGAAAACAGCUCCUGGACAACGGUGAGUUGAUUUUCCACGCCUUGCAGUUGCUGGCAUUCAUGGGUCUUGCCGUCUUAAUCAUGCGGUUGAAGCUGUUUCUGACACCUCACAUGUGCCUUAUGGCUUCCUUGAUCUGCUCCCGAAGGCUCUUUGGCUGGCUUUUUUGCAGAAUUCAUUUUGAGAAUGUUGUCUUCGGCAUUCUGACAAUGAUGUCAAUACAAGGUUGUGCGAACCUCCACAACCAGUGGAGCAUAAUGGGAGAGUUCACUAACUUGCCUCAGGAAGAGCUCAUACACUGGAUCCGGCACAACACCAGGCCAGACGCUGUCUUUGCAGGCGCCAUGCCGACAAUGGCAAGCAUCAAGCUGUCUACACUGCGUCCGAUUGUGAACCACCCACACUAUGAGGAUGCAGACUUGAGGGCUCGAACAAAAAUAGUUUAUUCUGCAUAUAGUCGAAAACCUGCAGUAGAAGUGAGAAAUAAACUGUUGGAAUUACACGUGAAUUAUUAUGUUCUAGAAGAGGCAUGGUGUGUCGUGAGAACAAAACCUGGUUGCAGUAUGCUUGAAAUCUGGGACGUGGAAGACCCGUCCAACGCGGCUAACCCUCCACUCUGUAGCAUCCUGCUCAAGGAUUCCCGGCCAUACUUCACCACAGUGUUUCAGAAUAGCAUGUACAGGGUACUGAAGAUCAACUGACAUCAAGGAGCCCCGACAGUCUGCAGUGAGAAGGCGUAUGUCCAAAACGGACACUUCCAGCCUCAUUUACAACAAUAAGAACCACAAGCUUUACUAAGAGACACUUUAGAGCCAUAAACAAUUACUUAAAUUUCUCUGGUUACUACUAAUGAUAAAUUACUGCAUUGUUUACAUUAAAUGCCAGUCUGUCAGGCUUACCUCAUAAAUGAUUAAGUCAUCUUCUAUCUCAUUAACAUAUGUUCAUUUUAGAGUUCCAAGGGAACAUGUAUAGAAAAUAUCAAUAUAAUUUUAGAAAUCAAAGUAAUUCCCUUUCAGUCCAGCUAGGAGAGUUGCUUCAGGUUUCCCUCGUACCUGUGGGUCAGCCCAGACCCUCUGAGCCAUGGAGAAGAGCACAGGCUCUGAGAAACCUGAUGGUGGUUGUAGCCUCACUUAUUUUUAGUUUAUGAUGAAGAUGGGAUUGCUUUAUAAAUUUUAUUUCCCAAUAAAAAGCUACCUAUCAAAAAUGCUUUGAAAAUCGGUAAAUUACCUUGAAGACAAAGUGGGGCCAUCAAAGAGUAAAAUUGUCUAUUUUUUUUUUAAGAUGAACCUUAAACCUGCUAGAUGUUUGCAUAUGCAUCUGCUCCGAGUUAAGCACCGUGGAGUUUUUAUACUUAUAUUUUCCUUGUACUUUUUGGUCAGCCAUAAAAGAUGAUUCAAUUCCAUAGGUUAUAUACAUAUAAUUACUUACAGUAGGUGAGCAAUUAUAUUCUAACUAUAGUUGGAAAACAUUUUAAUGCUGAACACAAAAUAGCUAAUAAAGAACGCUGUAUUUUAACAUUUGCAAGUCGUUUCUUUUCUGUGUGGAGCAAAGACAGGAACAGAUAUAACAGUCAUUAAAAAAGUAACAUGCUUUGGACAGUGUCACCAGAGGGAUAUUUUAAAGUAAUUAUCAGAAGUCAACAGAAGUGAU